AUGAUUCUCUUGGGUAGCAAUUGUACUUGUAACUUGAAGAAGGUGUUGUUUGCUUGCUUCACUCUCCAGUUACUCUGGGGUCUUCAGUUUGUUCAAGCUGAAGAUGCAGCUGAAGAUGCAGCUGAAGAUGAGGUGUUCAUUGAUCCCACUGACGCUACCAUUGCACCUGGAGAACCUGGAACCUUGUUGGUGACUUUCAACAUCAGCUUUGCCAAUGUUUCUCUGAUUGCAAAUUACUCCAAUCCCUUUAAUCUCACCUUUCAAGAUCCCCCAUCUUCUGUGCCUGCAAGAUUGCGCCAAUUGACCCAGUUGAGCAAGGAUCUGCUGCAGGCUGGUACCGGUACUGAAGCUACUGAAGCUACUGAAGACUACAUGUAUUUGCUCCAAGUGAAUGAUCAAGAUAAAGAUCUUGAAGAUCAGGAGCAACGCCUUCGAAAUCUGCAAGAAGGCAUUGAGAUUGAUCUUGGAGGUCCUUCAGCUUCACCUGAGGAAGAACAAGCACUGAUCCAUAACACUCUCGUUUAUUUCUUUGGGUACUAUGCCGAGGCUUUCACUGACGAGCUGUAUGCUCUCACUUGGCCCACUGUGCAAACUGCAGAAGUAUUCCGGGAUUUCAACGACGAAGCCUUGCAAAUCUUUCACUUGCGUUGCCAAGCGAUUCUCAACUUUACAAUGACGCCACUCGAAGAAGAAGUCGGAAAUCUCACACUGGCAGCCGUCAAUCAAGAAUACGUCACCGAAUAUGUGCAAACUGCCGGCGAGUUCUUUUAUUACUACAUACCUCUCCUUGUAGAUGCCACGGUCGAAGCAAUUAUUCCACCCAAUAUCACCACCCCUUCUCCCACCGUUUCCACCGCUCCCUCGGGCAGUGGAUCCAAGAGCCCAUCCACAUCGCCCACACCAUCCCCAGCUCCGUCUUCAACGCCAUCGUCGGCUCCUACCAGGAUUUCUAUUUGUGUGCCCAUAAUUUGUGAUGAAUGCUCUGACGGGAUCAGACCGUUUCCAGAUCCAGAAACGUGUGAAUGUCCUUCCUGUGCUCCAACCAUGGCACCCAUUCUAAUUUGUCCCACUAUACUUUGCGAUGAAUGCCCCGACGGCAGCGUUCCUCCACAGGAUCCAGAAACGUGUGAAUGUCCUACUUGUGCUCCAACCAUGGCACCCGUUCUAGCUUGCCCCACUUCACUUUGUGCACCAUGCGAUGGAGACAUCCCAGAACGUGACCCAGAGACUUGUGAAUGUCCAACUUGUGCACCCACGCCAGAACCCAGUGCAGCUCCUGUCGAAACGGAGCAACCCACACCGCAACCUACGGAUGAGCCUACCGAUCAACCAACACCGGAACCAGCCACUCCGGAACCCACACGUGAACCAACCCCGCAACCCACACCGACACCGCCGGGCGGUCCCGACUUGUCAGAACCAGGAUGUGGCAAUGGUAGUUGUGGACCAUGUGAAGGGGAUUGUGAUGACGACAGCGACUGCCAAGGCGGUCUCGUCUGCUUCUUCCGACCCGGUGGCAGCACCAUUCCAGUUCCAGGUUGUUCUGGUGAAGGUUCGCCAGGAGGGGACUACUGUGUCAAUCUCCCAGAUAACUAUCUGCACCUCCGUCGCACCCAAUGUUCCAGCGAUGAUCAAUGUGACAACUGCCAAGGUGACUGUGACAACGACGACGAAUGCCAAGGAGGCCUGACCUGCGUUCAGCUUGAACCUGGCGAUAGCAGUAGUGUCCCGGGAUGCGGCGGAAUGCCCGCCAGCGGUCUGGACUACUGCGCUAGCGCACGAAGACGUCGAUUCCUUAGGGAGAGUUGA